UUUUUUAACCUCUCGGCCUCCCCAUCCCCUUCCCCCAUCUGCGUCAAUCUCGAAAAUGGUGCGCCGUUUCUGUCACAAUAUAUGGCAGCCAAUGGGAGCUACCAAAUCUCAACUUUCGUUUGACGGGCUGCAGGCCGUCAGGUCGACGGUGACGGGCCCGACACCGACAGACUGACGGUCAAGUGUGAACUGCGUUUUACGGGCGCAGCGAAGCGAAACCACAGGAUCGGGAUCGUUGAACGCGGAAGGGGGCUUCAAUAGUUGGUGUGCCCAUGACCGUGGUGUGCCCCCUUGUUUACAGGGGCGUAUCAUCUUUAAAUUAGAAGCUGAAUGUUUGUUUUCUCUAGUGUUAUCAGUCGUGCCUUGUUUUGAAGUCAUUGAAGAGGGAAUCUUUCCCCUCACAUCGUAGUCGUUCCAGUUCGUAUCAUCGCAGUUCAAGUUGCAGUGGCAGUGCUGUUCUGACUUCAAAACUUCGAAGAUCGCUUGAACGCUUAGUUUUACACUGGAUUAUUGAGUAUCGUGGAAUGGCAAGAUGAGAGCAGGAAUGGAAUAUCAAUAUUUUGGUUUUAAGUUCCGAAAAAAGUUGAUUUUCAUCUUAGUUAUAUUACUCCUGUAUAUACAUGCUGGCCAAACGAAGACUGAUGGCUCAAAUGUGGACCAUAAGUGUGGAGAUAAUUUGUGCAUUAAUGGGGAUUGCAUAGAUGGAAACUGCACAUGUUAUGCUGGUUGGAAAGGUCCAAGCUGUCAGCUUUGUGGAGGAAGAGUAAGGCUGACUGAGCCGGAGGGCGUCAUCACCCACGGGAUCGGCAACUACUCAAUCGACAUGCAGUGCACGUGGCUGAUCGACGGCGCCGACAACCGCACCAUCCAGCUGUACGUGGACGACUUCGCCACCGAGUGCGGAUGGGAUCACGUCUACAUCUAUGACGGUGACAGCGUCUACAGCAACCUGCUGGCCGUCUAUAGCGGCAUGGUGCAACUGGACAAGUUCGCCACUCACAACCUGACCUCCUUGGAGGCAAAGUCGGGUUCGGCCUACGUGCAUUUUUAUUCGGAUGCUGCCUACAAUAUGACCGGCUUCAAAAUAACAUACAAGUACCACUCGUGCCCCAGUAUCUCCAGCGCGCUCAACUGCUCGGGGAACGGCGCGUGCGACCCGGAGUCGGGCCUGUGCACGUGUAACGCCGGCUGGGGUGGCCGGGCCUGCAGUGAGCCACACUGCCCGCGUGACUGCAGCGGCCACGGCGAGUGUGACCAGCAGCGGCACCGCUGCCGCUGCCACCGCGGAUACAGAGGCUCGGACUGCAGUCAGCUGGAGGAGGAGGGUUUCUGGGAGCUCCUGCCACCCUCCCCCUAUCCGCCCUCCAAGUACGUGCCCGCCGGACGCGCCUCGCACGCGGCCAUCAUCAAAGGCGACUCCAUCUGGCUGUUUGGCGGAGAGUCCUUCACGCCCACUGCCUUCGUGGUCAAGUACGACAUUAACGGCGGUGUCUGGGAGGAGAUUCACACGUCGGGCAGCCAGGUGCCCAAGGGCCGCUACGGCCACUCCGCCGUUCUCAGAGGGGAUAACGUGUACAUGUACGGCGGCGUCCGUUACGAGGACGACGUUGGCAAGUACGGCGGCGCCAUAACGCACGAGCUGUGGGCGCUGGACACCACCACCAAGCAGUGGGAGCUGAAGCACGUGCGAUCAGAGGGCUGCUACCGCGGUGACGUGGUCUGCGGCCCGCUGGCCGUCGUCGGCCACUCGGCCGUGGUGAUCGGAGACGAUCGCAUGCUGGUGCUGUUCGGCCACUCGCCCGUCUACGGAUACGUCAACUACGUGCAGACCUACCACUUCGGCACGGGCAAGUGGAGCGUGCACGGCUCUCAGGGCGCGCUGCUGAAGGGCAGCUACGGCCACAGUAGCGUCUGGGACCCUCACAGUCGGCUGGUGUACGUCUACGGCGGCCACCUGUCCGACAACAUCGCCACCUACUCGCUCUCCAACCUGCUGCACUCGCUCGACCCCGAGACCAUGAAGUGGAAGCGCCUGUCGCCGGUGGACUCGUCGCGUUUCCUCCACUCGGCCGUCUACCUGGACGGCCUGGUGCUGGUGUUCGGUGGCAACACGCACAACGACACGUCGUACAGCCAGGGCGCGCGCUGCUACAGCCAGUCGUUCCUGGCGUACGACCCGGCCUGCGACCGGUGGCACACGCUCCGGCCGCCCGCACACUUCCCGCACGACCUGUCCCGGUACGGACACGCGUCGGUCACCUACGCCGAGAGCAUGUACGUGGUGGGCGGCUACAACGGGCGCACGUUCAGCGACGUCAUCCGAUUCACGCCCGGCCAGUGCCGCGGCUACAGCAGCAAAAAGUCCUGCCUGGGGGCCACCAGCGCCACCAUCGGCGUCAAGUGCACCUGGAACAGGAAGACACGGACCUGUGAGCCCUUCUCACAAGCCAGCUCAAAAACGCACGACAUCUGUCUGGACGAUGGCGAGGAGGAGGACGCGGGCGGCCCGUCGCCGGCCGAGUGGUGCGCCGAGAUCACCUCCUGUCCGACCUGUAUCCACUCGCGGCACGACUGCGUCUGGUGCGGCAGCAGCUGCGCGCACCAAAAGUGCAAGGGAAUCGUCAAGCCGAUCACGUCUGACGACCAGUGCCAGCCGAGCCACGCGUCCAACUGCAACCUGCUGCACAACUGCCACGCCUGCCACACAGAGUCCUACUGCAAGUGGGAGCACGAUCACAAGUGCUACACAUACAUACAGACCAAAGCCAACAAGACUCAGAUGGCGAGUCAGAUUCCGCAGGCGCCGUGCGGCCCGUCCUGCAGUGAGCGGACCACGUGUGCCAACUGCACGGCCGCCAGCUGCAUGUGGUGCAUCAACAAAAUGAGGUGUGUGGAGAACAACGCGUACGUGGCCUCGUUUCCGUACGGCCAGUGCAUGGAGUGGACCACGCAGAAGCCAAAGUGUGACGCCAUCCCGCCGGGCGGUUUCUCGUGUAACGCGCACAAGACGUGCGAACGGUGUCAGGAGGACCCGGGCUGCGGCUGGUGUGAUAACGGCUCCGGCACCGGUGUCGGCACCUGUCUGAGAGGCGGGUUCGCCGGCCCGACCAACGCCACCUGCCCCAAGAAACGCUGGAACUUCCUCAGCUGUCCGCCGUGCCAGUGUAACGGUCACAGCACGUGUUACGUGGGUAACAGCACGUGCAUGCCGUGCGGCGACCUGACGGCCGGCGAGCACUGUCACAUCUGCCAGCAGGGCUUCUUCGGCGACCCCGUCAACGGCGGCUCCUGUCAGCCGUGCGACUGCAACAACCACGGCACCGACUGCCACCCGGAGACGGGCAAGUGUUACUGCAACACCAAGGGCAUCGUGGGCGACCGCUGCGAUCGGUGUGACAAGCACAACAAGUUCCUCGGCGACCCGGCCAACGGCGAGGACUGCUUCUAUAAUUUAGCGCUGGACUUUCAAUUCACGUUCAACAUGACGAAGCCGGAGGACCUGCACUUUAAGCGGAUCAACUUCAUGAACCGUCCGAUCAGGGACGACCUGAACACCGACUUCCGAAUCACGUGCUCGGAGCCGGCCAAAAUCAACAUCACCGUCAAAACGGUGCUGGACCCGGAGCGGGUGAUCCUCUCCGACUUCAACUGCACAGAGUACGAGCACACGUUCGCCCAGUCCGAGUACAACUUUGACGCGGCGCACAACACCACCUUCUACGUGUACGUGUACGAGCUGCGGCCGCCGCUCUUCGUCCAGGUGGCCUUCUCGCAGCACCCGCGCCUCAACCUCAGACAGUUCUUCAUCACAUUCUCCACAUGUUUUCUUCUGCUGUUGGUGAUAGCCGCGCUGUUGUGGAAAAUAAAGCAGAAGUACGAUAACUACAGGCGUCGCCAGCGUCUGUUUGUCGAGAUGGAGCAGAUGGCCAGCCGGCCGUACGCCCAGGUUCUGCUGGAGCUCAGCCGGCGGGUGCCGCCCAGCACGGCGCCGCAGCCGGCCGUCCGACGGAGGCACAGGCCGGUGCCGUGUCCCAUAGUGCUGGAGCAGUGCGCCGGCAACCGGGCGGCGCUCAUCACGGUGGUCAUAGAGGGCCCCACCGGCGGCCACCAGUUCGCGCCCGCCGGAGUGUCGGGUAUUAACGUGGGCACGGCCCUGGUGGCGGACGGCUCGAGCCGGAAGGACAGCGUCGACCGCUCGCACAAGGCCGACAGCCGCAAGGCGCUGAAGACGACGCUAACGCCCGGCUCGGACGUGUGUGUGUAGUCGGCUGGACAGCCCGGUGAGCCGGACGUGUGAGAGGCGCCGCCCGCCGCGCCACGGCGCACGGCGCCCCGUAUAUGUGAUAACGUAGUCAAUACACGUACUGAAUGCUUUAUAUUUUAGAGAUGAUGCGCCCGUGCCGGCGCGCGUGUAUGGCGUCGGCUGGGCGCUCGUGUGUUGCGCGUGGCUCGUUGUUUUGUUCUCAUUGUGACGCGGCGCGGCCAAUGGACAAUGGUGUGCCGCCCCGGCGCCUGAUUGACCCGCAGAUGACGUCACACACGCGCGCGCGUGACGUCACUUGUGUCCGCGGUGGUCCCCGCUCUCUCUGUCGUAGGAGCGGGCCGGCCGGCCGGCGGGCGUCUCGUUUUGAUGGUAUUUGCCUGAGGUUUUGUUGUGCCCACUCAUUGCGUAUUGACAGAACACCGUCGCGUAUUUAUUGCCAUUCCUGUUAGCGGCUCAUCCGUGUACGCUCACUAAUGGUAAUGGAAUUAAGGCCUAUAUUUCAAUAUAAAAACCUAUCCACGC